GUCGCGCAGCAGUGGGAGAAGCCCGCGCGGAAGGUGCCCAUGAAGUUCGCGAGGCAGGCGCCCAUUGCCGACGAGUCGCUCCUGAGCCAAAACAAGCCAGGGAAGUUGAACAAGGCGGCGCGCCCCAAGAAGGGCAACAUCUGGAUGUGGGGCGCCGUGCUGCAGGGGGGGCUCGCGCAGAACACCCUGCGCCGCGGGCUAGUGGACUCCGAUGAUGGCGAGAUCGUUAACGCCAGGGGUUUCACCAUCGACGCCAUCGAGAGCAAGUGGGGCAUCCUGAAGAGGUGGUUGAAGGCCAAGUACGGCGGCAAGCUCCUGAACUACGCGGACCGAGUGAAGUGGCGCUACGCGAUUAACGAGUACCAGGCGCGCUGCUACCUCAGCAUGGACCACGCUCUGAUGGGUGAGAAGUACUACUACGUGCCUCUCGCCAAAG